UCGUUGUUCACUGGUGCAAUGGGCUUUGUUUUGAAAAAGUCACUGCUCCUCAGCUGAUGAAUUAUAGAAUGGCAGAGGAAGCGGACACAGGUGUUUCCUCGCGAACUGAAAGAAAAGCUUUAGAAAAGGCGAAGAUACUUCAACGGGAGAGCGAGAGGAAGAUCUUCAGACUGGUUGGACGAGUCCUAAAGAAACCAGAGGCUGAGAGGUCAGAGGAGGAGGCUGCUGUGUUACUGCUGCACAAAGACACUGUGGAGGAGCUGAGCAAGAGACAAGUGCGUAGGAAUGUGCUGAAGAGGAAGCAGGAGGAGGUGUUUGAUGAUGCUGAAGAGCUGAGAAAUAAAGUGAGGCAGCUGGCUGUGGCAGUGAAACAAGCAAAUCACCUGGUGGUGUACACUGGUGCUGGGAUCAGUACGGCAGCUUCUAUUCCAGACUACAGGGGUCCUAACGGGGUGUGGACACAAUUACAGAAGGGACGGGCAAUCAGUUCAUCCGACCUGAGUAAAGCAGAGCCGACCCUCACACACAUGUGUAUUAGGAUGCUACAUAAAGAAAAUAUGGUGAAGCAUGUUGUGUCUCAAAACUGCGAUGGACUUCACCUGCGUAGUGGUUUACCCAGAACUGCCCUGUCUGAGCUCCAUGGAAACAUGUUUAUUGAGGUGUGCAUUGCCUGCUCCCCCGUCAGGGAGUACGUUCGUUUAUUUGACGUGACAGAGCGAACGUCGCUGCACAGACACGGGACAGGCCGCAGGUGCAGCCACUGUGGCAGUGAGCUCAGGGACACCAUCGUGCACUUUGGUGAACGUGGGACUCUGGAGCAACCACUCAACUGGAGGGGGGCAGCAGAGGCUGCCGAGAUGGCGGAUGUUAUCCUCUGCUUGGGCUCCAGUCUUAAGGUGCUGAAGAAAUACAAUUGUCUGUGGUGCAUGAACAGACCAGCAAAUAAAAGGCCCAAACUCUACAUCGUUAACCUUCAGUGGACACCAAAAGAUGACCUGUCUGAACUGAAGAUUAAUGGCAAGUGUGAUGAUGUCAUGAGCCUCCUCAUAGAAGAGCUGAACUGUCAGAUUCCUGUAUAUGACAGGGCUGAGGAUCCCAUCUUCAGUCUCGCCACACCUCUCCGACCUGAGGAGCUGGACAGUCAUAAUCGCGAGGUCAUUAGCACAGAGAACAAGCCACGGGACAACUCAGCUGACACUACAGGACAAGACACAGCUGUGCAGGGUGGCUGGUUCGGCCGAGGAUACGGUAAAGGACGAAAGAAUAGGAAAAAAGCGGUUUUGUAGACUGCAUACACGGUGGUCUGUCGCAGCUCCUCAUAUUUGAUCCCAAUGUGGGAUUCAGAUUUCAGUCCCAUGUUGAGGACAACCUGGACUUAACAUUUUUAGGGUGCUUUCAUAUCUUCUUUGGUGCAGUAUUAUCAUGUAAUGUCAGUCACAUACAUUGAGUGUGUGUGUUAAGUAAAACUUUUUUUUAGAAAUGGCACUUUGCACCACAAACCUGUUACAUAACACACACUUUGAACCAUCAGCAGGAUUUACGAGUGUUUACUGUUACGCUAAACACGUUUCUUAUCCUGCUAUCUUUAUGACAGCAGAGCUCCUUGGGUUAGGCUGGAUGUGUGUGCAGUGCAUGAUGGCAGCAGCGUUGCUCUGCUGUGUCUUGCCUUUGGCUAUUGUUUACACCAGGUGAGUGUAUCCUGCUCUCCUGCUGCUUCUGAAUGUUUACAAAGAAUUUGCCUUUGGAAAUCAUAAACUGUUGUUUUUGUUAAAUACUCUCCAGUACUCGACUAAAUACUUGGACUCUUCAGCACGAAACAGCGCGUCCAUUAAUGCCCGCACAUUUUCAUAUUAAACCUUUAAUGGAUUCAGGUAACUGAAAUGCUGGAUUUCCCUAAAUUUGACACAGGACAGGAUUCGCUGUCUUUUGUGACAUAUGGGACACAUAUAGAUGCUGAAAGUGUAAAGAAAGAUAAUUUUCGCUGUAUAGCCAGUUUGAAUGGUCUCAUUAGUUAAGGUAUGCAGGAAUAAAUGGAGACACGCCACACAUUCAUCCACUGCAGAACUGGCCUUAGUCUGUAAUUAUGUGUUUGAAAACCAUGAAAUUAUUAUACUGAAAUUCUAAUGUUUAACAAUGUAACAGUGGAUAGCAGUGUAAAGUUUUAUAACCACUUCAGCAGCACCGUUAUUUUCUCUGUUGUCCAUCUCUAUUAUCAGUAUAUCACAGAUACAGUUUAACACAAUAAUAGCCUUGUGCUGAAUUAUUAUUUUUGGUGGGAUAUCAAUUUUAAUUCUGUUUAAUGGGUAUUUAGAUGGCAAACUGGUACAUCAAAGAGAAUAAUUCCAUGUGCAAAUGGUAAAUAAAAAAAUAGAUUUGUUGCUUUGUCAAAGAAAAUAAACCCUGUGUGACCUACAUUUACACUGGAACAAGAGCACAACCCUGGCUUUCUUAAAACUGGAGUGGAACCCUAAUUAAUGUUACUGGUAAAACCUGUUGUUCUGAUUAUUUCCAUUACACCAGGUUUAAAGUCUUGCUUCAGCAUUGUCACUUCCAUGUAUUUGUGGAAAGAUGUUUUGUCUUGGUGUUGAUUUAAUAGCAAAUUCACACAUCUGGAUGACAACAGAAUACCAAAGGCCACAUUCUGGAUUAUGUGAUGACAUCACCUUUACUGAGAGUUAAAACAUUUAGGUCAGACAUUUAUUGCUUUUUCAUUGGUCUUUUUUUUCCUGACUGCCCUUUUCAACAACAAAAAUUGGCAGGGACGGGUAAAAAAAAUGCUGAGGGAAAAUUUCCUUAACGGGAUUGAUUAAGUUACUUUAACCUUGACCCUAAUUCCUGAACUCACACUGAACCUUUGCUGUGCCAUCACCCGUGCUCAGGUUUGCUGGCUCCACAGUUAUUGACUGUUGUAUCCUGGUUUACUGAAGUCGUUGCUUACAUUUGUGUCUCAUAUGUUUACAUCUGUAUAAGAACGAAUGCAAUGUUUUGACUUAGUUUUUCCCCCCGCAGUAGUUAGUUUUGUGUCAGGUGUGAAGUUUUUGUUGGUUUUGAUAGGAUGCUGCCAAAUAAUUUUUUUUUAAUUUGUCUCAGGAAGAUCCAGUAUUAUUAAAAAUGGCAUCUUGUAUUACAGCGUCAGAAGUUGUGAAUGUGGCUUUCUAUUAUAAGCUUAGCAUUCCAAAACUCACAUAUAUGCUAAAAAAAGGUGUGAUAUUUUUUGAGACAAUAAAGUGUUUCUCGUUUUAA